AUGAACCAUGCCAUCCAUGAGGAGUACCGCAAGCGCCAGCAAGAACAAUGCCGCGACCGCCUGAUCGACAGCGCGUCUCCAGAGCCAAAGAGCGUGGCUGUGCGCGAAGAGAGAUACCAGAUCAUCAUGAAGAAGUCGAAAGAAAGAAGAAGACGGCUGACUCGAGGUCUUGAGGUGGUGAGAGCGGGAAUGAUAAGUUGA